AUGGCUACUGGGAACAUUGGGAAGAAGCUGCAGUCAGAAAUAACCUGCUUUGUGUGUUCGGAGUACCUCAUACAACCGGUGACUCUUGAGUGCGGGCACAACUUCUGCCAUGCCUGCAUUGUGAAGUGCUGGGCACAGGUUUCCGAUGGGACCUCUUGCCCUUGGUGCAGAGUAGCGGUUCCUCGGUUGAAUUUUAAGCCAAACGGACAGCUAGCUAAUGCCGUCCAGUUAAUCAGGCAACUGAGUGAUCAGGCAAAGCAGAUGGCAAGGAGGAGCAAAACCUGUCAGGGACAUGAGCCAGCCAUGUCUUUCUGCAAAGAUGAUCUUGUCCCCAUUUGCAUACAAUGUGAUGGAUCCCAGGAACACGAGGCUCAUAAUGUUAUCUCCGUGGCACAAGCUGCUGAGGAGUAUAAGGGUCAAGUUUUAAGUUGCAUUGAGAGUCUAAGGAAGGAGAAAGAAGUGAUUAUGGAGCAUCUCUCAGACACAGAUAAACAAAGUCAAGACCUGAUUCAACUAGUAGAAGCGGAGGAAAAGAAAGUGGUGGAUGGAUUCAAUCAUCUGCAUCAACUUGUAUUAGAACAAAGCACCUUUUGGCUUAGUAAGGUUGAAGAAGUAAAGAUGGAGAUCACGUUGAAAACCAAUGAUCAGAUGGCUGUAAUCUCCAAGGAGCUGUUUGUUCUUGAUUACAUCAUCCAGGACUUGGUUGAGAAAUGUGAUCAGCCAGUCUUGGAAUUCCUAGAGAAUGUCAGAAGCAUCUUGGAAUGCUAUAAGGAGAAGAAGAACUUUGAAAAUCCAGUGGUUUUUCCACCAGAGAUUAAACAUGAAAUUUGGGGAUUGCAGAACUUCAGUGCUUUUCUGCCUGGUGCUGUGAAGCAAUUUGAGGAAGUAGGAAGCAACAGAGAAGUCAUGAAAGCUCAUUUUGAGGAGCUGUACCAGUUUCUUAAAGAACAAGAGAGUUUUCUGCUGUCUGGGAUGGAGGAGAUUGAAGAUAACAUAGCACAGAAGAAAGAGGAGCAUAUUAACCAGGUCUCCAAAGAGCUCUGCCCCCUGGAGGCUGUCAUCUGGGAAUUGCAGGAGAAAUGCCAGCAACCAAUAAAAGAACUCCUACAGAAAUUUAACACAGGCAGGUACUACUGGGAAGUCACUGUAGGCAGUGAAGAUGGCUGGGGCCUGGGAGUUGCCAAGGCCUCCGUGAAGCGCAAAGGCAUUGUUUCCCUAGAUCCCAGAGAAGGAAUCUGGGCAAUAGUGAAGUAA